CGUUUGAAGGCCGUUCUUGUCAAGGUCAGUCAAACAAUAAUGAUGGAUAGCAAAUCAGCUGGUUUUCGGUUGCCAGAUAUAUGGGAUGACGAUGAUGCUAUGUAUUCACUUAUGCAACCUAUAAGGCGCUCUAAAGUUAUUGAUCCAGUCAAUUAUAAUGCUAAAAUCACAUUUUGGAAAAGGAUAUUGCUAUCCUAUGCAAAAGAUCACAAGGCAUUUGUAAUAUGUAAACAGUCACUUCAAAAGCUGUUUACUCGACACUUCCCUGUUGAAGGCAUAGAUUUAUACCCUCAAUCACUUGGAGAGGUUAUUUCUGAUUUGGUGUCGGAAGGUGUACUAGGACCAGUAACUCCAAACAGAAGUAUCUUAGGCAAUAUGUUUACGGCCUUCUCAAAUGUUGUACACAGGCCAAUAUCAUGGGCGUAUCACUAUUUAAUUGGUCAGCCAUCCUCUAACCCAUUAGAGACUGAUACAUCGAGUCAGCAGUUUGUGUUCAGUCAGUUCGCUGAAAAUUCCGCUGUGGAAUUUUUGUCUUGGUUUCAUGACAAUUACCGUGACCAGAGGUUAUUACCACAUUCAGCUGCGUAUGACCUAGAGCUUUUUAACUCAGCCUUGUCAAACUUUUAUUCCCAUGUGGCCACUCGUGAAUACAUAUUUGAUUUAUUGAGUAAUAUCAAACACUGCGUUUCUGUGGAAACCACGUCUACUUCAGAUUCCCAACCGAUUCAGAUUAUUCGCGUUGGUGAAGAUAUUAAUAGCCGACCGAACAAACCAACUAAUCCAGACGCUGCAAAAAUAGAAUCAUCUGCACUAAGUGGGAUUGUUCAACUCAAAUCUACAAUUAAACAACUUGAAAAUGAAGAGAAAAGAUUGGAAACUGUUAUAGAUCAACGUCGAAGUCAUAUCAAGUCCUUAUUGCUAGAUAAGAGGAAUUCAGAAGCAAAAUCUCUAUUACGUCGUACGAAGGUGUUAGAGAAAUCUCUAGAACAAAAGCAAUUACAACUUAAUAAUCUGGAAACAAUGUUGAUUGAUAUAGAAUCUGCAACAGAAAACAGGAAUAUUGUACUUGUUCUAAAUAGCGUUAAUGAAGCUCUCAGACAAGCUGUAGGAGGAUCUAAUUCUUUGAGUAAAGCAGAAGGUGUAAUGAAUGACGUAAUGGAUAGAAUUCAAGAAAGUCAAGAGAUCUCAGAUGUUGUUUCCAGUUUUGGACGUACCUCUAUUGGAUUGGAAGAUAUGAGCGAUUUGGAACAAGAACUUGACAAUUUCCUUGUUGAACCAAAGAAACCAUCACCUCCGGGGAAAACACCACCGAGCUUUGAUGAUUUAGAAGCUGAACUUGCUGCUCUUAAGUUAGUAACAGAUGACGUAGCAUCAUUAACUGAUCAAAAUUCAUCAUCUAAACAAAACCGUAUCAUCAUUGAUAAGUGAGGGAUUUACUGAGAUGUGACCAUCGUUUCGAUUCUAUGCUAUUUCAGCGUGUCUUAUCUACACUCCUGAGCUUUCAUAUAAAAAUUCUAGUAUAAAACGUGAGGAGAAUAUGCGGAAUAUUUUGUAUUGAUUCAGAAAUCCAUCAUACAUAUAUAUAACUAAAUAUUUUCCAGAUUGUUUUUCUUUUGUCUUUGUAAAUUAUAACAUUUUACAAUAUACUUUUUUUAUUCCAAUAACUAUAAUAACUAUCGAUAUUAUUUUAAACUAUAUUCUCUUCACUGGAUUACAGUGUCUCUUAUCUGACAUCGUAACAAACAUUAGAAACAAUAACUGUCAUUUCCAUACUCUUAGUAGUCAACACUUGUCUGGUUAUGCCAUUUGUAUUCUAAGGAUAAGCAUAUUUCUAACUAAAGUAUAGUAAAGCAAAGAAGUAAGUGUCUUUUGCUUGUUUUGUUUUAAUAUAUCAACUGGCGUUUGUUCGAAUUGCACACUUUAUUUUUUUUGGUGGAAGUUUACAUUCAUGGAAUAUGUCUUUACCUUUUUUAGGUCAAGAUUUUGAAUCUCAACUACAUUUAAUAGGCUCAUUUUAGAUACUAGCAAUUGCUUUAUUCAAUAAUGUAUGCUUGGCAAAGUAAGGGAUUCUGUGUAUAAAAUAUUUCAAUUAUUCCCUCUGAAUCUGAAUUUUUAUUCUGAUGCAUAUGUUUAUAUAAGUUUUCCUUACAACGGUGCUUAACAGUUGUUUAUCUUUAACUAGGAAGGUUUUCAGUUAGUUUCGAUUUUAUAAUUUUACCUGUCGCAUAAUAUUAUACCCUAGAUAAGUUAUUUUAGAGCCUCUCUACAUACCUUUAGACGCAUAAAUGUCUAUGUACUUGUACAUCUUCCCGCCAUACCAUAGCCAAAGAGAAAGUUUUUAUUUAAGUGGGUAGUUUCUGACGAUUAACACAACAAAAUUCAGUAUAAAAAGCAUUAAUAGUAAUCACUAAGCCUUGUAGUGUUUCAAGGUUAGUAAAAGAAGUUUAAUGGCAUCCCAAAUAUUCAUUUAGUUUUACGGAUUUCUAAUCACUAUUUCAUCGUCACUUUUACAACACUCGCUCAAUGGGUGAUGAUUAUUUCACUAAGUAUUCAAACAGAGGUCAGUAUUAAGCUAAGACCAUAAUGUAAAGUAGAUGCACUAAUCAACUGUCCGAACUGAAUCAAACGGAACAAUAUUUGAACUUGUCCUUCAAUAGUUGGAAGUCAAGUGAUUUCACUCCUGACAUAAGGUUCCACACGUACGUAAAGAUCCAGACACCGAGAUCUGCAUAUGUAUAUUUCUAGAUUCAUUGUUUUAUUUAAUGGUAGAUUAAAACUGUGUAAUUCACAAAUAAGAUGUAUUCAGUUUUGCUAAGACGCAGACAAGAUGUUUACAGGCUGCGGUGUCUCGUACUAUAUUAAGCCCUCAUGGGUUGUUCUAGCUUCCGGACAGACGAAUUUAUUUAUUUACCUUGAGUCCCAUUUUGACCUUAUCAAUCGUUCGCUUAUUAACCUUGACCGUUUUUUGUGUAGGUGUGUGUGUCUAUCACGUACCCUAUUUAUCACGUCUUUAGCUUGUUCUUGUCUGGCUACAAAUAUUGAGUCACGCUUUAUCAAAAUGAGUUGGAUUACCUACAUUCGCUUUUCUUAUUGUAUGCCUGGAUCCAUGGAAUAUAUGUAUCUUAAAUCCAUUCUCGUAUUUGACGUAUUCUGUUAUUCACUCAUUCGAAUUAAGUCAACAAUUACAUACGAGGGUAGGCAGGACGUAUAUUUCGUUAACAUCAUCAUACGAUAGAAUUAGAGUCAUAUAAAUGGGCCACAAUAAAGUUGUGAACCCUACAUAGAACUCAGAGAAACCUGCAAAAUUACGUCAACGAAGAGCCUUCCAAACCCCAUCCAUUCGAAGAACCCAGCGUAGCUGAC